AUGGCACCUUACAAGGCACUGUACGGCUGUAAGUGUCGCACUCCUUUAUUUUGGACUGAGUUGGUCUAUGAGACAGAGGAUAAGGUUAGAUUGAUUCAGGAUCGUUUGAAAGCGGCUUUUGACAGGCAAAAAUCUUAUGCAGAUUUGAAGAGGCAUAAGAUCGAGUUUAUUGGACUUUACCGUAUUCUGAAGCGAGUGGGACCAGUUGCUUAUCAGUUGGAGCUACCUCUGGCGUUGGAUUGUAUCCAUGAUGUGUUCCAUGUCUCUAUGUUGAGGCGUUACCACUCUAAUCCUACUCAUAUUGUCUCUGUUAAGGAGAUAGAGGUUAGACCAGACUCGACCUUUGAGGAGGAGCCUGCCCAAAUUUUGGAUCGUGACGUAAAGGUUCUGAGGAGGAAGACUAUUCAUUUGGUGAAGGUUCUAUGGCGUAACCAUAGCACUGAGGAGGCCAUGUGGGAGCCUGAGGAUGCGAUGCAUCAGUAG